AUGGCGAACUUGAAGCCCAAAUGGAUGAAUAAAAUCCGUAAGAUAUUGGUAAAUAAUCUGAACCAGAUUGAUGUUUUUGUCACCUAUUUAGAAACCCCAGAAUUCAACGCAACCGCUAAAUGGGAACAGCUAGACAACAAAGAUAUCGAAACACGAUUCACCAAGUUCAUGAACUUAUGGUACGAACAGACUAAAGAUCCAAGUCUAACACAAAUUGUAUCAGCUUUACAAGAUAUGAAUAGAAAUGAUCUAGUCAAUAUUAUACAACACGAUGUCAAUCUUACAGAACAACUUCGUAAGGAAAUUGAAAAGAAUGUAGGUAAUGAUGAAGGAACCCCAGAAUUCAACGCAACCGCUAAAUGGGAACAGUUAAAUAUAAAUAACCCACAAAUAGAAACACGAUUAUGUAAAUUCAUGAACUUAUGGUACGAACAUCAUAAACAUCCAUGUUUGACACAAAUUGUAUCAGUUUUAAAAGAUAUGAAUAGAAAUGAUUUAGUCAGUGUUGUUCACCAGGAUGCCAUGUUGAAAGAGCAACUUAAUAUGGAAAAACUUCCCAUACAAGCCAGUGAAAACCCAAGUUCAUUUAGCAAAAGUGUAGGAAAUAGUGUUUCCUGGGAUAAGUUUCUGUUGGGAAUAGAUCAGAUUUGCGAUGAGUUUCAUAAAUCAACAAUCUAUUCACACAAGAGGGUUGCUUUAUGGACAGAAUGCGUGAGGGGCAAGUUUUCACAAGUGAAUAGAUUGUUUCAAUAG